AUGGCGGCCUUUGCCGAUUCCAAGGUUCAGGACGGAACAAUGAGCAGAAACAGACUGAUCUUCCCGGGUUGGAGGCGAAUCAGAAAAUUGAUUGAGAAUGCCUUUAUGCGAGCAGAUUCCGACCAAAGUUUUCCCGAUGGUGAGGCUACAGGAAUUAUUGUCUGGUUAGGAGACUCGCUCUCUCCCAAAAAGGAUCCGGAACAUUUACCACCGUCAAAUUGGUAUGAACGCGCCACCGACCAUUUCCGGUUGAUCCCGCAAUAUCUGGGCUCUGAUGCAUCCGCCUUUGGGUUUCGAGCAGUAGUGGCCAUCAGUAUGGGCGCCCAUGCUGGAGCCGGUGUUCAGGGAUUUUUGGCCCGAGUCUUCGGCACGGCUGUGGCAACUGUUGCUUCUAUUACCAUUUGGUAUAUGGCGGAUCAAAAGCCAGCCGCCGUCAUACCCCUUGCGGGCAUUCUCUUCGUCUGUGCAUUGUAUGUGGUGCUUAAGAAUCCCAAGCAUCUCAUCACCGCGGUUAUAUCGAUAGUGACGACUAUUCUGAUCUUGGGAUAUGAGCUUCAAGACAACAAGGUCGGCACUCGCACCCUCGAAACAAAUGGACAACAAUACUACUCCAUCUACCUCCUAGCGCCAUACCGACUCGUUUCAGUCCUGGCCGGCAUCGCCGUGGCCUUCAUCUGGACUUACUUCCCCUACCCUGUCACCACGCACGCGACACUCCGCAAAGACCUAGGCGCCACCCUCUACCUCAUGGCCAACUACUAUUCCAUCACGCAUUCGACCGUGGAAACCAAGCUCCGACACGGCCUCUCCGCCAAGCUCCACGACAAAUCCUGCCCCGUGCGGAAACUGGACAAAGCCCGCCUCAAGGUCUUCGACAAGAUCACCGUUAUGAUGAACCGGCUCCGCGAACACUCGGACUUCACCAAAUAUGAGCCCACUUUCGGCGGUAAAUUCCCCAAACAGACCUACGAUGAACUCGUCUCGUCCCAGCCAUUCACCGCGAGCCCAGACAGCGAGGAAAGCCCGUGGAUUCGCGACUUCCGACAGGUGACAGCCCAAUCACGCGUCACCGACGACGAGCUGACCUCGACGCUGUGCCUGGUUUCCGCGAGUAUCACCAACUCUCAGCCCUUGCCACCGUAUGUCCGGGUUCCACUCCCCAUCGACAUCGCAGCCCAACUCGCGGCGGUCGACCCGGGCAUCCUCUCCAUCAAGCACGUCCAGGAGCCUUGCUACGCGGCCUUCGCGGUCCUCGAAAUCGCCAGUAUCCUCGUCAUGCUAGAGAUGACGCAGGUGCUUGCUAAGGUGAAGGAGUUGGUCGGCGAAGUCGACUUCUCCAUCCCACAACAAGCUCGUUUGACAAGUUGA